AAACUCGUGUUUUGCGGGAAAUAUGUCACGUGACCAGUUUGGCGCGGAACCAUUGCCUUGGGAUUAUCUUGCUGUUAUUUUUUCAUUGUAACGUAUUUCAAUUGGAUUAUUUUUUUAUGAUUGAAUUCUUUAUCGCCCAUCGCUUUCAAUAAUUGGAAGAUAACAGUCGAAGAUGGAUAACACGGAACAAGCAGUCCGAGCCAACCAAGUUAAGGAUCAAGUUGGCGAACGCUGCCAAAAAUUGUUUCAAGACUUCCUAGAUGAGUAAGUUGAUAAAACUUAAAGAAACAUACGAUACUAUACAUACUAAAUAAUAUAGCCUAUAUUUAUAAAUAACCUUUUGCUUAGUGAUAUUGCUUUGGAUACGUCCUUUUUCUGAUUAUAAACACCCAGAACAAACUAUAGUAUAGCAAAAUGAUCUUAAUUUAAGGUAAUAAACCUGCAUGUACUGAUAUAAACUAUAAUUAGUAUAAUACUAGGAAUGGGAUGUCUGUGGCGGCAUAGGCAAAGUCUUCAUUCAUAAAAAAAAUAUGGACAUAGUCUCAUACCCAUAGUCAUAGUCAUACGCCUCCUAUUCAAUUUAAUUGUCAAUUUUUUUUUAUUGAAUUGUAAUUUUCAAUAUUGAAGUCAUGAAGUUCUUAAUAUAAAUUAUGAUUGAAUGAGCCCAAUGAAUAAUGAUGAAUGGAAUACUGCCAAGGCCUAAUAAUACAGUUGUUAUUUUUAGGCAGUAGGUGAGUAGGCACUGUCACAUAAUUUAUUAAUUGAAACCUAGGCUGAUAAAAGAAAGCCAAAAUAAAUUAGCAUAGCCAUGCUAUGCUAUACUAUCUUACAGAUUUUUAGAUGUGAAUAUUGUUUUCAGAGUUAGCCAUUGCCAUUGUAAAAAAGGAUUUGCCUCACUGCAAUUUUAAUACAAUACUAUUUGUAAAUAAAUACAGUGAAACCUGGAGCCAGGAAAUUAAAAAUACUCUUGCCCUUGUGUUGGGACUAAAGCAAAAGUGAUCAUGAUGCAGAAUUUAGUAUGAAAACAAAGUUUGUUUCAAAAUAAUUAUUUUUUAAAGGCGGGAAAAAAAAAUUUAAAGGGAAGGUGCAAGUGGAAAAAAUAUAAACUUGUUAAUAAAUUAUUACACCCCCCCCCCCAAAUUACCAUUACAACUAAUUUCCUCUCUAAAAUGGCUCCAUUUUGAACAAUAUGGACCAUCAAAGGAUGAAUAUGGAUGGAGAAUACAAACCAAACAGGAAUUAUAAGUCUAUAUCAGGAUCCCACGAUAGUAUAAGAAAUAAAAUGGGUAGGCUAUCAUUACAACUAAUUUCCUCUCUAAAAUGGCUCCAUUUUGAACAUCAUACAUUACUUCCUGCAUAUUGGUUUUGAAUCAUUUGCUUUCAUUUACUUUCUGAUUAUUACAAUUACAAUCUUUUUAUGAUAAUUAUGCAUAUGGUUUUUCCCUUCCUCUAACUAAAUUGUUUGAACUAAAAUUUGCUAUACCAGGUUUCAGGGAGAUGGAGAAAGUAAAUAUUUAUCUGCUGUCCAGGAUUUGAUUAGACCAGAAAGAAACACACUCUCUGUUAGUUUUGAGGACAUUGAAACAUACAAUCAACAGCUUGCAACAACUAUAUUAGAGGAAUACUACAGGUAGGAAUAUGGAAGUGAUAUGCUCUACAAUUAGUUUUACAAGUUUUAUGUUGUUUUUAAAAUGGCUUGUGAACAAACAGUAAUUAACAAAGGAUGAUACCAUUGAUUAAAUAUAAUUAAGAAAGAACCAUACCCCAACUAAGGCCAAUGACAAGUAAGUUUAAGCAACAAUUUAUUUAUAAUUUAUACUAACAAAAGUAAAAAAUUAAAUAUAUAGAAAUAAAAACUCUAUUAACUUACAGCAUGUGAAAACAAAGAAUUAGAGAAAUUUAAAAUCUUAAUCCACACACAAACACAAGGAAAACUGUUUCAGUCUCUUGUUUCUCAUAUCUAUGUCUGAUACGGCUGGCAAGUCUCUCUUAUUUAUAGUCUAGGACUAGGAGGGAGACCUUUCUAGAAUUGAACCUUUAGUAUAAAAGGGCGAGCUAGAAUUAUCCAUAGCUAUUAAGAACCUUCUAUUAAGUUCAAGAGAAUCUGUUUUUGGACAAUAACCCGCCAACAUAGGGGCGAGUUAAUUGGUUUAGCAGUUAUAAAAACAGAUGAGAGACAGCUCUGUGACACAACUUAGCGUUGAACAAAAAUUGAGGCCAUCGAGGUUUAGAUCUACACUCAGGGCUGUAAAAUAAUAGGAAGCAUUUGUGGUCAUUGAAAAUUUAUUGAACUAAUGCAUAAAUUACACACACCUAGACACUACUAACAUUUGAUCAAAUAAAUUUCGUCUAAAUUUACAGAUUAUUAUUUUAUAUGCCAAUAAAGAAAAUUAAAUUCUUGUUAUAAAUAUUUUAUGUGGCCAAAAGUUAUUAAAUAAAUAAGGUUUGUUCUCACUGGUAUCAACAUUUACAGGGUGUACCCAUUCCUUUGUCGGGCAGUACGCAACUAUGCAAAAGACUGGGGUCAGAUUCCUACUGGAAAAGAGUUUUAUCUUAGUCUCACAGAAGUUCCAACAAAGUUGAAGUAUGUUAUUUAUUUUUUUAAUUGUUAAAAUUAGAAAGUAGAGAUGUUUUUUUAAAUUAAAUAAGUUGUGCAUGUUUGUAACAUUCCAUUUCUCAUAACACUUUCAAUUAUAUUUUGAAGUAAUUACCAAAAGUUCUUUUUUUUUUUCUGUAGCAAAACCAGCUUGAAUGUAUUGAAGAACCCAUGUAUUUUUUUGUUUUGUUUUCUUUUUUAAGAGUCAGAGAAAUGACUACAGUGAAAAUAGGAUCGUUACUGCGCAUCACAGGUCAAGUGGUUCGCACACAUCCUGUCCACCCUGAACUUGUUAGUGGAACUUUCAUGUGUCUUGACUGUAGAACAGUGAUUAAGGAUGUCGAACAACAGUUUAAAUACACUCAGGUAAUUUACAAUUUGUUUAAGCUAGGUAGUUAAAUUUUUAAAUUUUUUUUUUUAAGCAGCCGCUAAUUGCUAAGCUUUUAACAGAGAUCCUGGGGUCUUUCUUGAUUUAAUUCUAAAUUUAUAAUAUGUCGAAAGAUAGAUUGAACUUAAAAUAUCUAUUGUAGUUAUAUUUUAUAAUUUGGGUUUGUAUUUUCAUUUUUCUGAAAUCGAUAUUAACAUCUUGAUUUACCUUCUUCAACUCUUAGUUUCUGGUAGCUUCUAAUAUGAUUUAUUUUUCUCUUUUAAAGCCAACUAUAUGCCGAAACCCAGUAUGUGCAAAUCGCUCAAGAUUUAUGUUAGAUGUUAACAAGUCCAGAUUUGUAGAUUUCCAGAAAGUAAGAAUCCAGGAGACUCAAGCUGAAUUGCCCAGGGGUAGCAUUCCCAGAAGGUAAGUAACUUUUGAAUUUAUACUUUUAUAUGUAGGGAAUAUUUUUAUAAAGGCAGAGAUAAUUUUUCUUGUUAAAUUUUAAUGUAAAAAGCAUGUUAAAAAUCAUUACAACAGAAAGCACUGUUUACUUACUAAACAAUUUAAAAAAGUAUUAUGUUACAUAAUCUUAUCAAUCUAAGUUUAUGGGUUAAAAAAAACUAGUUAAUAUUCAUACAAUUCAGGGAUUAGGUAAUAAACUAGGCUACUAUGAAAUACAUAACUUUCUAUCUUUUUAAAGCCUCCCAUCAUCUAUAAAAAUGAAUGGACUGUUUGGUUCUACUUUCUAACAUUUAAUUGCUUUGUCUGCUUUUUCUAUGUUAAUUCAGUGUUGAAGUAAUUUUAAGAGCUGAAGCAGUAGAAACAGCCCAAGCUGGUGAUAGGUGUGAUUUUACAGGAACUCUAAUUGUUGUACCUGAUGUUGGAUCAAUGUCUCAGGCUGGUGAGUAAAAAAGAAAGAGCUUUUAGUAAUUGUCUUAAUUUUAAAGUCACUUUGAUGUUAGUUGAUACUGUAUUGUGGCUUAAUUUUAAAAAAAAACAUUUUUUUCGUUGCUGUGCAUAGCUCUUAUCACAUAUUUCUCAAAAGAAAAAAGAAGUCUUUCUCAUUCUUAUGCACAAGUUCCAAUUAAGCUCUAGAAAUCAUGGGGAUUUUAAAUAGUAAUCGUUUUUUUGCACUGAGCUAACAAUUUAUUCUUUGUCCUUGAAGGGGCACGAGCAGAGACAUCUGCUAAAGUAGGUCAGGGAGCAGAUGGAUAUGAAACAGAAGGUGUAAGAGGACUGAAGACACUCGGUGUCAGAGAUUUAACUUACAGACUUGCUUUUCUUGCUUGUACAGUAACCCCAAGUAACUCAAAGGUAUCCAUUUUUUGUUACCCAAUAAAAAAAAAAAGAGAAGACUUAUUUAACUGGUUAACUACCAUGCACCACUGGGAUCGGUGUUUCUUUCGUUAUGGCCAGAAGCUGCUGGUAGUGCCAAUGUUUGUAUAGUAGUAAAUUGAGUAAAAUAUUUCUAUUAUUUCGUUCCCGUUUUGCUUCGAGAUUUUAAGUUACGGACAUGAUGUUUAUAUUCGAACAGCAUGCUAUCAGUAGAAUGUUUUUAAAAAAUGAGCUGUAUUAACAAUUAAUAAUUUCCUAACAAAGCAUAACUUUACAAAUGUUUAUAUUAUAGACAAUUCAUUUAACUACAAAAUGGUUUAUUAAUAAUUAGAAUAUGUUUAUAAUUAAGAAAGCUGCAGCUGAAUUUGUACAUACACCUAAAAUGAGAAAAUGUGACCUAGAUUUAAUUCGGCUAAAUAAGGUUGUUCAAUCAGGUAGUUAAUCAGUUAAUGAAAUGUUUUUUGCAAAAUUGUAGACAAGCAAAUGUAAACAUUAAUUCCAACAUCUUGUUUCUAGUUUGGUGGGCAUACAUUCCGUGAAGAAGACAUGACUGCAGAAGCUUUGAAAAAACAGAUGAGUGAUGAUGAAUGGCAAACAGUGUAUGAUAUGAGUCAGGAUAAAAAUUUGUACCAAAAUUUUUGUUCAAGCCUUUUCCCAACCAUUCAUGGUGAGAAAUUUCUGCAAUCAAAAUUUAGAUAUAAUUUCUUCAUGCUUUCAUAAUAAUAUUCAUCACACUGCUCGUCCCAUUCUAAGAUAGCCAUUUCUUUUAAGCAAUUCAUGAUUGUUUUUAGUUCUGCUGAAGUGAACUAACAAAACUGUUGAAAAUUCUACUAGGCAAUGAUGAGAUAAAGAGAGGUAUCUUGCUAAUGUUAUUCGGUGGUGUACCAAAAGUAACAACUGAGCGUACAAAUCUGCGCGGCGAUAUCAACAUCUGCAUUGUGGGAGACCCUAGCACAGCAAAGUCACAGUUUUUAAAACAGGUGAAUUUAGGCUUAGAGUAAUGGCAGGAAGUUUUUAAAAAUUACUUUUCGCCUAGCAUAUAAUUAGUUACCACAAACUGAUUUUUCAAAACAGUCCUACAGCUUUAUUUUAUACUGUCAUGUCAAGAACUCAUGAUUCUAAGAAUGUGGAUACCAAACUUGUUCAUAUAACUCAAUUAGAAAAAAAAAUUAUGAAUUUUUAAAAUUUAGUAUUUUGAAUUUUUUUUACGAGCAUCUAAAUUCCCAUUUUCGUAAGGUUAUAUCUGUAAAAUCCUUAUACUCAUUCACUCACUCUCAACACAUACCCACAUAUAUAGAGAACAGACUCAAUUUUUCUCGAAGGUUUAAAAUAAUUAAUUCAUUAAAUUUUAUUUCAAUAAAAAUGGUGUUUCCUCUCAUUUUGAAAAAAAAAAAGGCGGAAGUUAAAAACGCAAUAUUUGCACAUUUUCAAAAAAUCACCAAAAAUUAACAGAAAAGAAAGCAUACAUUAUAAUUAUAUAAAAAUGUAGGGGAACUUAAGGUCUAUGUGCUUAAACAGCCUGUGCACCCAUAACAAGCAUAUAUAAAAUACAAAAAUUGUUAGAAAAGUGCAUGGGUUCACGGGAAUCAAAAAAUCUGUCAUAUUUUAAAAAUUGCGAAAAAUUAAUAGUUACGUCCACAGUUAAAUUUAUUAUACCAAAAUACAGAAUAACUAUAGCUCUACAUAUUUAAACAGUCACUGAGCCCAUUACUUAUUUAGAUACAAUACAAAUGAUAAAAACUUGUUAAGGUACUACUGAUUAGAGAAAAAGGUCUGUUUAAUUUUCACUUUGUUGGCACCUCUGUAUAAUUUCUUGUCAUUUCAUUUUAGAAUGUCUAAAAAAUUAUUUCAGGUUGAAGAGUUUAGCCCUAGAGCAGUUUACACCAGUGGAAAAGCUAGCAGUGCUGCAGGUCUUACAGCUGCUGUAGUGAGGGUAAGUGUUAGAAACCUGUCUCAGGUCUUACAGCUGCUGUAGUGAGGGUAAGUGUUAGAAACCUGUCUCAGGUCUUACAGCUGCUGUAGUGAGGGUAAGUGUUAGAAACCUGUCUUACAUGUUUUUUAUAAACUGAACUUUCAUUAUUUGUGUGAUUUUCUGAAAAAUAUAUAGUCUGUAUGCUUUAAAGGUAAUUUAUAAAGUUCUAUGUUUUUAAAGAUCUGAAGGAAUAUACUUUAAAAUAUUACUAAUGAGAUGUAAAGUAAAUUAGAUUAUUUAUUACAAUUAAAUAAAUUUAUUACUAGUUAUUACAGUUAAAUAAUUUUAUUCGUAGUUAUGUUAAAAUUGUGUGAAAUUCUAUUAGGAUGAGGAAUCAUAUGAGUUUGUGAUUGAAGCAGGAGCACUUAUGUUGGCCGACAAUGGAGUAUGCUGCAUUGAUGAAUUUGACAAAAUGGAUCCUCAUGAUCAGGUUGCUAUUCAUGAAGCCAUGGAACAACAAACCAUUUCUAUUACAAAAGCAGGAGUUCGGGUAAGUUUUGUUUUUACUUCUUUAAAACACUCUCACAAAUGCAAUGCAGCUCAUUUUUAUUUUGUCUUAUAUUUUCUCUUUCUCUAUAAAUAUUUAUAUGUAAAUUACUUACAAUUAAAAGCUGUUAUUGAUCCAAAUAAAAAAUACAUAUUUAAAAAAACAAACAUUUUAUUUACAUUCAGAACAAUUUAAACACAAGAUAUCUUAAGCAUUUCUCUAGUGUAAAAAUCACCCAUCAUAUGAGUAACUUAGUGAUCACUUAGCUUUGGUAUCCGCUGGGGAAGAAAGCUGGUAAAUUCUUACAGACUAGGGAACAAUAUAUAUUUUUGAAUAUCUUUCUGUCCUAACUUAAAGGGAAAGAAUUCACCCUGAUCGUGCUGAUCUUAGGUAUAUGUGAAGAGGGUUGUGAUGUAUCAAACAAAUUUUUGUAGGUUUUGUAACAAUUGUAUAUUUUAACCUUCUUAUUGAUGGUGACGCUUGUGACUCAAUAAAGUUACUCAUACAAUGUUAGCUAAUACUGUGAGUUCAAUUUGAUCGAUGGCUUGCUGCUACUCAUUGAAUAAUUCAUUCCACUCCUCAAAAAACUGUCUCUUUCUCUCUUAAGAAGAAACAAUGUCCAAAUGAAUAAUAUACACAGCACUUUAUUAAAUAUACUAUACAGAAAACAUGUGUGGCACCACAGACUUAAGGCUUUUUUUUUAACAAACAUAAUUACACAAACAUUACAUUAGAAACACUUUUUAGAUUUAAAAUACAAAACAUAAGUUCAGAAAAUUUAAUUUAGUGCACACCCUUAAAUUGGAAUUUCAGUAUAAAAAAAAACACAACUUUAUUACAUAUACAAAAUAAGUCAAAUAAUUCCUUGAUAUUAGGAUAACUUUUAACAAUCAUAGUUGCAAUGCAAAGAAUAUAUAUGCACACAUGUUCAAUAAUGCUCUAUCUAAUAUUAAUUUAAUAAUCCAUUAGAAAAUUCAACAUGUCCUCACAUUCAAGAUAUUUUGUUUUCUCCUUUGCUACAUAAAAAACAUGAAUUCUUCUUACGCUAUAAAAACUAGUCCCCCUUUUUCUCGGGUUUUACUUCAUCCUCAUCAAAUCACUACACCAUUGUGCAGCGAGAAUAAAUCUUUGUAUAGUGUGAAAAAUCAUAGUUAACUUGGUCUGUUACAGGUUUACAACAGCAUUUUUCUUCAAAUAGCUCUUCAAUUGAAGGAUGUUUAGUUUGUGUGAUAUUACUAGCUUUCUUAAUUAAAAAAAAUUUAAAUAAAUAUCAUUAACAAAGAAUAAAAUAUAUUUACUUUUUGACAAGCUGGUAACUUUCUUUUUUUUUUGUCUAGGCAACUUUAAAUGCAAGAACUUCUAUUUUGGCUGCAGCAAAUCCUGCAGGUGGCAGAUAUGACAGAGCUAAAUCACUUAAACAUAACAUUAAUAUGAGUGCUCCAAUCAUGUCAAGAUUUGAUCUCUUCUUUAUUUUAGUUGAUGAGUGUAAUGAGGUAAGCAAUAAUUCACCUUAAAUAGCUGCAGGGGGGAACUAAUUUUUCAUUAAGUUAAAACUUUGAUAUUAGUAAGACUAAUGUUCUGAGGAAAUUUUCAGUAAGAAAAUUAUUAGGUAAAUUAGAUUUUGACAAUUUUUAAAUGUUUUUAUAUAGAAAAACUAGGUCUCGGUAGACCUGGCAGUUUAUGAAUGAAAUAUACUUAGUGUAUCGAUGAAUUUUCAGCUCAACAGUAAAUCUAUAAAUAUAUAUAAAUACUGUAUGCUGUUAUGGUAAAAACUUGUUUGGCAAGUAAUACACAAUAAAUUGGUUAGAGAGUUUGAUCUUAAAUGUUGAUUUGUAAUGUUUAAUUUUUUUAAUGCCAAUGUGAUAUUUUUUUACCAUUAACAAAAAGGUCACAGAUUAUGCUAUUGCAAGGCGUAUCGUUGAUCUCCAUAGUCGAGCAGAAGAAUCUAUUAGCAGAGUUUAUUCUGUAGAGGAUAUGUGUCGCUAUAUUAUGUUUGCUCGACAGUUUAAACCCAAGGUAAUAGAAAGUUUUGGAAUUUUAUCUGCAUUUAUUGUCAAAGAUUUAAGUAAUGACAGCAAUUUCUGGUUUUGGUAGGGUACUUUGCUGAAUCCAUGUACUGGCUUAUGUGAAACUGUUUAAAUUUUACAAAUAAAUUUGUUCAGCCUUUAAAUCAAGACUCCUUUGAAUAAAUGGUUAUAAAAACUGUUUUAAUUAAAACUAUUCUUUUUAUGUAAAAGAUCAGUGCAGAAUCUCGAGAUUACAUGGUAGAAGAAUACAAGCGCCUUCGUCAGCGUGACAGUUCUGGAGCUGGGUCAUCAUCUUGGAGAAUUACCGUUCGUCAGUUAGAAAGUAUGAUUCGGCUAUCUGAAGCAAUGGCCAGGAUGCACUGUCAAGAUGAGGUAAAUGAUUAAUCCUAGUUCCCGUCUGUCAAUUAUUUUAGAAAUGAUUAAUGGAUAGAAUAAUAUUAUCAAUUUUGCUAUUGUCAUGAAUACUGUGAAUUUUAUUUUUAUUCUAGGUCCAACCAAGGCAUGUUAAAGAAGCUUUCCGUCUCUUGAAUAAGUCUAUCAUACGUGUAGAACAGCCAGAUAUUCACUUAGAGGAUGAUUUACCUGUGGUGCAAGAAGAAAUGGAGGUUGAUGAGAACACAGGUACAGAAACUAACCAUUUUAUUACUAUAUUUUUACUUAACUCAUUUUUUAACAACACAAUUAAAAAGCUUAGAUAUGCUAUUAGUGAAGAAACUCGGAUAUUUUCUAUGAUCAUGAAAAAAGAUUUAGAAAGCUUGUCAGAAGAAUGCUUACUUGAAGGUUUGAGUAAUUUAAUUCAGCUAUAUUAUUAUUUGUACCGAAAUUUUUUUGUUAUUCUCUCUAGCACCAUCCAAACCUACAGAACAGUCCCAAGAUGCAGAUUCUCCACUAAUUAUGCCAGAUGCUGCUGAGGCUCCUGCACCCGUUGUUGCUCCUGUAAAACCUCCACUCCGGCUGGCUUAUGAGGAUUACAAACAUAUGGCAAAUUUAUUGGUUUUGCACAUGAGAAAGGAGGAAGAAGCAGCAGGUAAAGAAAAAUUAACUUGUUUUACAAUGUGCCUCAUUACUCUGUUGUACUGUUCACCAAAUUUUAAAAAAUGUGGGUGGGUCAUUAGACUAUUAAUAGUUCAAGGGCGUGAAAAAAAAUGUGCCAUUGCGAGCCAUGGGGGAGGGAGCAAUAAUUGGUAUUCAUAUUAAUUGUAUGCAUGUCCAUUAAUUGUAUGCAUGUUUUGUCAAAGUUAAAGCCCCACCUUCAUUGCUGGAUAUUAUAUGAUAUACAGGAUUUAUAUUAAAAAUUUUGUUGUUAGGGUUUUUUUUUUAGUUCCAAGUUUUUACUUUAUGAAAUUAGUAAAUUGGUAAAUUUUUUGGAUUGAAAAAAGUAAUUGAAAUGCAAAGUUUACAUUUUGUGUGGUGUGUUAAAGAUAGGAAUUUUGAAUUAAUUUCAUAUAAGAUAAUUUUUAAUUUUGGUUAAUUGAGUUCAAGCUGAAGCGAGUUUGAUAUGUGUUAUUUGAGAAAUUAACAUACAUUUUUUAUUUGAUUUGCAAUUUUUGACAAGGCAGUUGAAUAAAAAAAGGUCUGAUUAUCGGGGUUCCCCAAUACAUUUUUGUACAACUUAAUAACAAUAAUGCAUAGAUUAUCAGUUUUGGUUAAAAGGAAUGUUAACUCCUUUCUACAAUAUCUUAACUCUCUCGUUCAGAUAAAAUAUUUAAGAUAAGGAUCUUAUUAUAUUAAAUGUAUGGCUAAUAAUAAUUGAUUCGAUUUGCGUAAAAUAAAAAAUUUACUAUUAGUGUUGUUAAGAAUCCAAGUUAGAUUUAGGGAUUUUAUAUAGACAGUGGCUAAUUUUUUGCUGUAAAAGGGAAUUUUUACAUUGUAACUAUUGACCAUUUUUAAGUUUAUUCUUAUAUACUGGUUUGUGCUGCCACUAACACAUAUUAUUAGACUAAAUCCAGACUUGGGACAGGUACUGGAAUAUAUGUAUAGUGUGUUCUUACUUAAUAAAUAUUACAUUUCUUGCAUCUGUUUGUAUAUAGCUUUAGAAAUAAUGUUUUUAAAAAAAAAAAUGUAAAGUGAGUAUAAAAUACUGUAGCUCUGGAAUGCAUCUAAACCUUGAUGACCUCAAUUUUUGUUUUGUCAUAGAGCUGUCUCUCAUCAUGUUUUUGAAAUGGCAAUAUAUAUUGUAGUGAUUUUUAAUUUUUGCUUUGACAGAAUUUUUUGUUUGAUCUGUUAUUGUGAACUUUUACACACCUUUCCAUUCACUUCCAAUAAUUAACCUAUAGUUGUUUUUUUUUUUUGUGAUUUUUAAUUUUUGCUUUGACAGAAUUUUUUGUUUGAUCUGUUAUUGUGAACUUUUACACACCUUUCCAUUCACUUCCAAUAAUUAACCUAUAGUUGUUUUUUUUUUUUUUUUGAUUUUUAAUUUUUGUUUUGACAGUAUUUUUUGUUUGAUCUGUUAUUGUGAACUUUUACACACCUUUCCAUUCACUUCCAAUAAUUAACCUAUAGUUGUUUUUUUUUUUUUCCAAAUUAGGUGAAGAUGAAACAGGAUUGAGAAAAAGUGAUGUUAUUGGGUGGUACCUUACAGAAAUUCAAGAUGAUAUACAAUCAGAGGAAGAGCUCAAUGAGAAGAAACAAAUUGUAGAGAAAGUCAUUGACAGACUUGUACAUCAUGUAAUUACCGUUUGCUGUGUUUUUGUAUUAUAAGAUUCAAAAUAAGUAGCUUUCAUUUUAGUUUGCUUGAUCCCUAGCUUAGUCUUCCAUUAAUUUGUGCUCUAAAAGAUAAAUAAAAGUUAUUUAAUGACACAUUUUGAGAAGUAGGUUGUUUUACUAAUUUUUUUUUUCUUUCUCCAAUUCACAGGACCAUGUGCUGAUCCAACUCACACAAACAGGUCUUAAACCUCGGGCAGGUCAAGAUAGUGAACUUGUCAAGGAAGAUGACCCCAUACUUGUUGUCCAUCCAAAUUAUUAUAUGGAUGCUUAAAUGCCCAUAAAUAUUGUAACAUCAAAUCUGAUUUAUGUAUUUGUAAAUAUUAGAUCUAUUACUGCUUCAUCAGUAGUUGGUUUUAAACCCAGAUGCCCAUGAAUUUUAACCUUUGAAUUCUUAGCCAGAUGGAAGUUAUUUGUAUUUGUAGCAGAUAUUGGCUCAAUAUUUUAAAAAAAUGAAUUUUGAGACAUAAUUUCAUUAAAUAAAGUUUAAAUUGCAUCCAAACCAUUCUUGCUUUAGUUUAUGUUAAUGCUUAAUUACAUUAUUCAUCAAUGGUGUCUCAAACUCUGCCACCCAUAAUCAUAGAUAAUUGAUAAAAUAUUUGGCAGUAAACUCCCUU